CGUUCACCUGGGCGUCACCUGUGGCAGAGGCGCGGCUGGCGGAGCUUCCUGGCGGGGCAGACGCACACACGCGGUGGAAAAUGUGAGGGGUGAUGUCCGCCGCUGCACCUCGCUCCUGCCUCAAGCCGCCCCCUAGGAACCCGUGGGUGGCUGAGGACGGCGGCGAGAGCAGCACUUCCUCUAGUCAGCAUCAGCAGCAGCAGCAGCAACAACAACAACAGCAGACGAACCAUCAGCAGCAGAACAAUCAACAGCAGCAGCAGCAGCAGCAGCAGGUGGCGCUCAGCGAGGCGCAGCGACCCCAUGAGGCGCUGGCCCACCAGUACGCGACGCCCUACCAGCCCGGGGCGACACACCCAGCGGUGCGCCCCGCCCUCAGCGCCGCCCCGGGCCACAGCAGCGCCCACAGCGUCAGCGGGCACCCGGUAGUGAGCGUGGCCAGGGCGGGACACUCCGUCCACGGCGUGGUGCACUCUCACACCGCCCACUCCUUGCACGCCCACGCCCACGCCAGGCCGCUGCCCAAUGCCGCCCACUCCGUGCACUCCGUGCCGGGCUCGCUGCAGCAGCCCUGGGUGGACCCGCAGCUGCUGUGGAGCACCCCCGCACUGCCGGGCGUGGGCGGCGUGCCCGGGGGUGUGUUCACGGUGGGGGGUGGCGGCACGGAGGGGUCGUGCCCCGUGCUGCCGCCAGGCAUGUACGGCCAGACCCACGCUCUGCACGCAAUGCACCACCUGCCCCCCCAGGGUGGAGGUUCCAGCGGGCAGACUUCCACUACAGGAGGAGGCUGGAGUCACCCCCCGCCAGGCACAGCACACCAGAACAGUGGUGCAGGCGGACUGUCUGGCUGGGGCGUGGGCGUGCGGGCGACGGGCGGGGUGGUGGAAGGCUCCCGCUGUGAGAUGUGCCACUACUACUGCUUCAGGGCGGCGCAGGCGGUGUUUGUGGCGGGCAUCGUGACAGGCUUCUCCCUCCUGGUGGCCGGCGGCGUCUUCCACAGGCAGCACGUGGAGCACCUGCAGGUGCUGGUGUACAUCGGCGCCAUGGUGUCCCUGGUGUGUGUGGUGCUUCUGGUGAUAUUUUGUGCCAUGAACAAGGACCACAGGACUAGACGGGGCGGUGCGUUGCGUUUCUCGGGGCCGCAGGUUGUGGUGGGGGACCCUGAGGCCGUGCCCCUCAGGGCCAUAGACGCCGCCAACCCCGUGGUGGUGCCCAGCGAGGCGUCCCACGGGGCCAGGACGGCGGAGAGCGGCUCAAGCAUGGACAUGUUGCACCAGAGCAACCACAGCUCGUGCCUGGUUGGCCCCCCUACAAGCCACGCCUGCCUCGCCGCGCAGGGCACCCAGCCGCUGUGCUACGCCGGCGCGCCCGCACACCCCGCGGCGCCGGGCAUGGUGGGCGUGGCCGCCGCCAACCACGCACCACAGAACUCCUCAGAGGCGGCGCAUCACGUGCAGCAGGGCAGGCAGAGGGUCGAGGAGGACUUCGAAGCCAGCCAGCGGUACAACAGAAUCUGGAAGCAGCCUAACAAGUCGUCUUCAGAAGCUGCCUCCAAGUUGUGAAGUCUCCUGGUCGCCCUUUCUGCUGCUCGCCCUCUCCUCUCCUACGUGGGAAGCCUUCAUCAGCUCCCCGACCACCACAUUGUUACUUAUCACCGUUUGUAAAUCAUUAUUAUCAUCUUUUUUAUAACGACACAGUGGUUAGACUCGUUAGUACUAUGAUAAACUCGUUUCCCUCACUCACCGAACGGUCUUAAUUCAUGUUCUGCAAACCAAGAAUCUACAUAGUGUCAAGUUUGCAUCUUUUGUACUCUCUUUCUCUAUCACAAUGAGUCAGUCCUCAGCUUGUGGAAGAAGUAACGUGCGGAGAACAUGCAUGAGUGAGACAGACAGGAAUAGUUAGUGUACAGCAUGAGUGAGUGAGGGAAUGAGUGUGAUGAGACGAGGGGAAGACGGAACGACCCAUCAUCCCAACUGGUACACAAGGCAACGAGUGACGCGCCUCAUUUAGGGAAAAAGGGCAGGCACACUUAAUUCCAUCACUGCAAUAUGGAGCGCAACACUAAAGGUAAUUUAUAGAAUAGUUUAGAGCAGUUCGGAGCAUCUACGAGGAAGAAAAAGGAAUAAAGAGAGUAAAUUAUCCAGUGUGAUGCUCAGAGGUGGCUGAAGAGCAGAGAAAAAAAUGCCUGAGUGGUUUGUGAUUGAGGACACAUGUCAGAUGGUCGUGAAAGAGUUAACAGCCUCGUAUUCUUUCAAUGGAGGCACUUUUCCCAUUCUAACUUCGAUAUAGAAAGGGGAAAAAGUGUAUUGGUGUACUGAAGGUGUCUGGGAUGUGGGAAUGCUAGGAUGCGUAGGGUGUAAGAAGGAAGGACUGUUUCUAUAAUCUCCUCUCCUCCUUCUUCGUUAUGGAUUAUUAUGUAUUUUGAUAUUCGUUUCUCUUCACCAGCUCUUCCUGUUUCGGUUGCAGUCUUCACUCACAACUACGCGGUGUUCGAGGCUCGCGCGGGGAAGAUUUCGUUAUCCAAGCUAGUCAGUCAUUCUCGUAGCAGUUGUCUGGUUAGGUUUCUCUUUUAUCGAGAUUAUCCUGUAGUAGUUUUAGUAGUUUAUGAUUAGUUUCUCUAUUUUUUAUGAUGAUGAUUUGUUGUUACGACAAUGAGCAGGAGAUACACAUGUGAUUUGACACACACACACACACACACACUUAUCACGUGGGCAUUAAAUAAAAUUCAGUCAUUCCUACAGACAAAAUAGAAAACGUACAUUUAAUUCACAGGACAUAUUUUCUUUGCACUGAACUUCUUCAUUUGAUUAAGCAAUUGUGAUGAUAACGACCCUGGUACAGAGUGGUGAGGCGGUCCGCGGCGUGAACCAGCGGACAGGCGCCGUGUCUCAGUCGUUUGGUUGUCAACGUGCACUUCACAUUAACUCCUUCCCUCACAUAUCUUUAGUGUACACACGUCAACACUUUUAUCAUUAUUGUCAUCAUUAUUAUUUAUCAUUUCUCCUUUACAGACAUCAGUUUACGUAUACAUUGCUAUAACUAUAAGCUGCUUCUGUACAUGAAAUAUUCAUCUUUAUGCUGUCAGCGUUUUCUGAGUUUAUGAUCUAUUGUACAGUGUGUUCAUGUGCCAAAUCUUGGAAUAGAGGAGUUGUUUGCAACUUCGAAUUAAUAAACAUUUGUACAAACGA